AUGAUUGCUGCAUCUGUUCGACUUCAUUAUCAACCUCGUACUAAAAAAGAUAAUAAAACAUCUUCAAAAAAAGAGAAAUUAAGGAGAAGAUCUCAAAUUGUAUCAGGAAGUACUGUAGAAGGUUCUCCAACAAAAUCAGAUAAUUUUUUAAAAGUUGAAGGAAGUAUAAGAAGACGAUCUGGUUCUGUUCCAGCUUUAAAAUGUACAUUAGCAACUAUUUGGGGAAUUAAAAACAGUCAUGUAAAAGCUCUCAAAGUUACAUGGAUUCGUUUAUGUGAUACACCAAGAAGCAAUUGUAAAGGGAUUGUAGCAAUUGUAGAAAAAGUUUUUGACAAGUUAGAAUUGAAAGAUAAAUCAGUAAAAGAAGCUUUUUAUAAUACAGCUUUUGUUGAUUCUGUGUAUGAAUAUGCUGGAAGAAGAAGACCAUCUUGUCCAUCUAUAAAUGAGCAUAGACCAAAAUGUACAGCACAUUCCCAUUGUGGAUUACGAGAACAUAUUCAUUUUUUUGUUUCAUUAAUCUCUCAAAUUAUAAAAGCAUUAGAUGCAGAACCACAAUAUAUAAUUGAACAUAUAAAUAAAAUUGCAAUUUUUCAUACUCAUUUAAAACAAUAUGGUUUUCGUUCGUCAUCUUUUGAUCGUCUUGGAGAAUUAUUAGUUGAUAGUCUUGUUGUCCAAGAAACAGUAAGAUGUUUUCCAGAAGCUUGUAAAGCAUGGACUAUUUUAAUUGCAGCAAUAACAGACAAAUUACGUACACCAUCAUCAUCACUUCAAGGAGGAUCUCAUAUUUGUCUUUUUGAUUCAUCAACAAAUUUGGAAAAUAUUAAUACAUUAUCAUCUGAAUAUAAAUCUCUUUCAAUAAAAACAUCAUAUUUUGGUGGAAGACAAUUACCCACACGAUCAUCAUCACCAAAUCCUUUAUCAAUAACUUCAGAAAAAGAAAAAUAA